AUGAUUGGAAAGGGUGCUUUUGGUGAGGUCAGAGUCUGCAGAGAGAAGACAACAGGCAGUGUAUUUGCCAUGAAAAAGCUCAAGAAAUCAGAAAUGCUUCGUAGAGGCCAAGUUGAACAUGUGAGAGCUGAAAGGAAUCUACUUGCAGAGGUAGACAGCAACUGUAUAGUCAAACUAUAUUGCUCUUUUCAAGAUGAUGAAUAUUUAUAUCUAAUCAUGGAAUAUCUUCCUGGUGGAGACAUGAUGACUUUACUUAUGAGAAAGGACACCUUAACCGAAGAUGAAGCCAGAUUUUAUGUUGCAGAAACAGUUUUAGCUAUUGAAUCCAUCCACAAACAUAAUUAUGUACAUAGAGACAUCAAACCGGAUAAUUUGCUACUUGAUAGAUACGGGCAUUUGAGAUUAUCAGAUUUUGGAUUGUGUAAACCUCUAGAUUGUAGUACACGGAUUUUUCAAAUGUGGAUAAUGGUGUUGGAACUUCAACGGGUGAUGAUCGUUCUGGAGCGCACAACAAGAACAACUUCAACAUUGGCAGAAAAACAGGAGAACACUUGCUUAUUCUACUGUUGGAACACCUGA